AUGGGCGCUUCGAGGAUUGGACGUCUUCGCUGGACAGUUCCUCCUGCUGCUCUCGCUGCAUACACUGCGGGGGAGUGGAAUCGACGCCUACCACAGAGCUCCUACUUUACUACUACAUCUUCUUGGUACGAGACCAAAGCCGAGUCGCGGAACGAUGCUUCCCAUAAGAAGGGGAGCUCCGAACACCACGACCCAGACUCUGUGUGGUUCAAAGUAGCCCAGAAGCUCGAUAAUGUCAAACAUACUGUUGGAGCUGGAGCUUGGGGAGACUUGGGAGGAAACAUUACCGAGUACAUCAUGCCCGAUUGGGCCCGAUUGCUCCCGGCUACAGCCCAGAAACUCCAACGGGAGCUUUCAAUGGCACCGGGGUCACUCGCAGAUGAAAUUUGGAAGGAAUCGCAUGACCCAGACAUCAACCCGGAAAUCUUGAGGGAUGCCGAGGUGCGAGUCAGCGGCGAGCUUUGCAACGAGGAGCUUGCAUUCCGAGAGAAGCGCCGACACCACGCGAGGAAAGCAUUGGCUUCUUACUUGGAUAUUCCCGAGGAGGAGAUUCAUCCCGAUGAUGUCCCCGUUAUUGCCAUGUGCGGCUCCGGCGGCGGGUUGCGCGCUCUGGUUGCGGGAACCGGGUCCUACCUGGCUGCUCAGGAAGCCGGGCUCUGGGAUUGUAUCACCUACACAGCCGGAGUUAGCGGUAGCUGCUGGCUACAAACUCUCUAUCAUUCUUCUCUCGCCGAUGGGAACUUUAAUCGGCUCGUCGAUCACCUGAAGAAUAGAUUGGGUGUGCAUAUUGCCUUUCCGCCAGCAGCGCUCAAUCUGUUGACCACCGCGCCAACCAACAAGUUCCUUCUCAGCGGCUUGGUCGAGAAGUUGAAAGCAGACCCAAGCGCGGACUUUGGGUUGGUAGAUAUCUAUGGUAUGCUGCUUGCUGCACGACUCUUGGUUCCCCGAGGAGAGCUGGGCGUGAAUGAUCGGGAUCUUAAGAUUUCCAAUCAGCAAGUCAACUUGUUAAACGGCGAACAUCCCAUGCCUAUCUACACAGCCGUGCGCCAUGAGAUUCCCGUGCUGGCUGAAGAGGCCCGAGACGAUGAACACCAAACACCGGAAGAUUUGAUGAAAAAGGCCAAACAAGAGUCUUGGUUCCAGUGGUUCGAGUUCACUCCGUAUGAAUUUUUCUGCGAGGAACUCAAUGCUGGAAUUCCCACCUGGGCGUUGGGACGACACUUCCACGAAGGGCGUAAUGAGACGCCAUCCCACACCUAUCCCAUUCCCGAGUUGCGGGUUCCAGGGUUGAUGGGAAUAUGGGGCAGUGCAUUCUGCGCAACUCUUUCUCACUAUUACAAAGAGGUUCGACCCUUGGUCAAAGGACUUGCUGGAUUUGGUGGGAUUGACAGUCUCAUCCGAGGCAAAAACGAGGACCUCAUUCGAGUACACCCUAUCGACCCCGCCGCCAUUCCUAAUUAUGUCAUGGGUAUGAAAGAUCAACUGCCCGCCUCUUGUCCGGAGUCUAUCUUCCAGGAUAAGCAUUUACGUCUCAUGGAUGCAGGCAUGAGCAAUAACUUGCCCAUUUACCCUCUAAUUCGACCCGGCCGCGAUGUGGAUGUCAUUGUCGCCUUUGAUGCAUCCGCCGACAUCCAGCAAGAAAACUGGCUCUCCGUCGUAGAUGGAUAUGCCCGGCAACGGGGAAUCAAGGGCUGGCCCGUCGGUGCAGGUUGGCCUCGAGCAACCGAGACCCUGGCAGAGACAGAAAAGGCCCUACGUGAACCCGAGAACAUCACAGAUGAGCAGGCCAACCAGAAGAUCGCAGAGUCUCAGAACCACCAGGAGAAUGCCUCAAACAAUAAGAAGAACAACUCCACCAGCACCGCUGACACGGACCUGGGCUACUGCAACGUCUGGGUCGGCACUCAAGAAGAACGCAUCUCAAAAGACGAACCCCCACCUUCAAAGCGUCUCUUCCACCCAGACAACAACGAAGACCACUCCGAAUCCGACUUCCACCUAAUGAGACCCGAAGCCGGCAUCGCCGUCGUAUACUUCCCACUCAUCCCCAACCCCUCGGCCCCAAAACUCCCUCCAACCCAGAAAACCCGUCCCCUCGCCGCCGUUCAAUCCCUCCAACAAUCGCAAAACCAGGUCAAAGACCCCGCCGACCCGGUUGCUCCUCAACCAAACUCGAUUGACCCCGACGUGGACGAUUUCUUGUCCACGUGGAAUUUUAUCUACACGCCCGAGCAGAUUGAUUCUGUCGUUGGUCUUGCUAGGGCGAAUUUCUCGCAGGGGAAGGAUCAGGUUCGGAGGGUUGUGCGGGCGGUUUAUGAGAGGAAGAAAUCUGAUCGGUUGAGGAGGGAGGAGGUGGAGGCGAGGAAACGGAUGGAGGGGUUUGUGCCGUUGUAG